AUGCAGCUGGUGGAGGGCGCGGCCAUCUGGCCGCCAGGACCCCGGGCCGCCCCGCCCCGCCCCGCCCCGCCCCGCCCUCCUGGAGCCACUGGACUGGAGUGGAGCAGACCCAGAGCGGCCAUGGCACACCCCACGGCUCUGGUGGGGGCAGCGGCCUGCGAAGGACACCGGCCCUGGAGUCGGCCUUGUGGGGAGGAGUCGCGUGCCGCCAAGGCCGUCCCAAGCGCGUCUGGCGGUGUGAGGGCCGCAGGCAAGCCGGGCCCCCCCCAGCCCGACGGAAAUCGCUGCGAGGUCCUGGCUCCGCCCGGCACUCAGCCUAAAGAGCCCCUGAAAAUAGACGUGGAGAAAGUCAUCCGGACGCAGGCGCCAGGCCCCAGGAGGUCCGGACCACUUAGCGGAUGGAGCCAGGGGCACUCAGACUCCGCCAGGCGGGAGCGCGGCCUGCUGGCCCUGCGGGAGGAGGCACGGGUCACUGCCCCUCCACGCCAGCUCCAGCGCGGGCACCGUGCCCGCCGCCCCUGGCGCCCUGGCCUGGCCUCCCCCCACCACCCUGCGCCCUCCCACGUGGCACGCAGCCCACACACCCAGCCCCGGCCUCCAGCCACGGCCUCCUCCUGGACCCUGCCCCGACCUCCAGCCACGGCCUCCUCCCAGGCCCUGCCCCAGCCUCCAGCCACGGCCUCCUCCCAGGCCCUGCCCCAACCUCCAGCCACGGCCUCCUCCUGGACCCUGCCCCGACCUCCAGCCACGGCCUCCUCCCAGGCCCUGCCCCAACCUCCAGCCACGGCCUCCUCCUGGACCCUGCCCCAGCCUCCAGCCACGGCCUCCUCCCGGGCCCUGCCCCAACCUCCAGCCACGGCCUCCUCCCAGGCCCUGCCCCAACCUCCAGCCAUGGCCUCCUCCUGGACCCAGCCACGGCCUCCUCCUGGACCCUGCCCCAGCCUCCAGCCACGGCCUCCUCCUGGACCCUGCCCCAGCCUCCAGCCACGGCCUCCUCCUGGACCCAGCCACAGCCUCCAGCCAUGGCCUCCUCCUGGACCCAGCCACGGCCUCCUCCUGGACCCUGCCCCAGCCUCCAGCCGCGGCCUCCUCCUGCCCCCCCUCCUACCAAGCUGCUCCCUCAGCCCUGUGGGGUUGCAGCUGGGGCCGCAGAGCCAGCCCAGGGCCCCCUCGCCGCUGGCCAGAGCCGAAGGGGACAGAGCUCCUGGAAGACCACGCCGCCUGCUCCAUGGUGCCUUUCACACCGUGCGCCGCACGCAGGCCGUGGGCCUGACCGAGCCCAUCAACGAGCACCGCUACGGCCAUUACGGGGCACGCCCCGUCCCAGAGCCGGCUCGUCACGCCCCCCGUGAUUCUGUGUGUGAGCUACCUCCUUGCUGCCUGUGCCGGGCUGGCCUCAACUUCGAGGUCCUCCUGCCGCCACCUGCCCUGAGCCUGUCCUCUGGCGAGGCCGGGGCCGCUCUGCCCCCCGCGGCGUCCGCAGCCCCCAGACAGAUGUACCGCGGCACGUGGCCCACUGGAAGGGCCUUUGCCCACGUCACUAAGCCGAGGAUCUCGCCGGGAUGA